ACCGAGUCACAUAACGUCAGCUCUUUAGUAGAAUGUACUGGAGUGCACGGUGCACACUGAGUCUUACAUCACGUGCGUAACUUGUUUCUUUUUUUUAUAUCUUUUGAUAUGGAUGCUUGUCGAGAUAGAAAAUUCGAUAAUAUAUGUCAUUUAGAGAAUAUGAAUGAGAAUGUUUUGACAAUAAAAAAUUUUAACACAUGUGCAAACAAAACGGAAAAUCAUCAUGACAUUGACGAUACGCCGCGGAAAGAAAUAACUGAGUUUCUCGUUAAAUAUCGCGAUCGCGUUUAUAACAUUCAUAAUUUCUUGAAUAAUCAUCCUGGAGGAAAAAACACGCUUAUGCGUCUCAAGGAUCAAGACUUGGGUAAAGAGUUAGCAAAAAAUCUUCACUCGAAGUCUGCUUACUAUCUUCUCGAAGAAUUCGCUGUACAACAUCAAGUGAGAUACAAUGAAUACGAAAAUUUGAUAAACUGGGACAAGCCUAUUUUAUGGCAAGUAGGUUUUAUGGGCGAACAAUAUUGGGAAUGGGUAAAUCUGCCAGUAAAUCGGCCUAUUCGAUUUUUUCAAUCGGAUAUUUUAGAGAAAUUAUCGAUUUCGCCAUGGUAUAUUCUGCCGAUUAUCUGGCUACCCAUAAUUUCAUAUUUCUUUUAUAUGGGUUGCGUCUUGAAUGUUUCGACAAAUAUUGCACAAAAUAUUUUACCAUCUUUCAUUCUGGGAGUAUUUAUAUGGACCAUUUUAGAAUAUUUCUUUCAUCGAAAAAUAUUUCACUUUAGACCACCACAUAAUUCGAAAGUACUGAUUACAUUACAUUUUUUGAUGCAUGGAAAUCAUCACAAGGCACCGUUGGAUGACCGAAGACAAGUAUUCCCACCGAUAUUCGCUUUAUUUUUGGCAGCAAUUGCUUGGGAAAUUUAUAAAGCUAUUUUUCCUAUGACAAUAGUUCAUUUUAUCGCUGCUGGCAGUACAAUGGGUUAUUUAGGUUACGAUUUGAUGCACUAUUAUUUGCACAAUGGAGCACCGGUGGCAGAAUCAUAUUUAUAUACAAUGAAAAGAAAACAUAAUUAUCAUCACUUCGUACAUCAUGAACAAGGAUUUGGAAUUACUAAUGGAUUAUGGGAUCGAAUACUUAAUACGGAUCUAACUUUGAGAAAAUUAAAAGAACCUUUAGAAUGGUGAAAUAGUUAAAAAAAAAUA